AUGGACGAAAGUUCAUCGGCACUGAUCGAAGCAAUUCUCAGAGAGCAAGAGGAGGAGGAGGCACAGAAAUAUGGCAGGAAGCUCACCCAAAACGGUGACGCUUAUGCGUGGCAGACGGUUUCGUAUUCGAAGCGAACCCGGAAAUCCUCCUCCAAGGCGCUUCUGGCGGACUCCAACGCCGAUCUUCACAACGGUGUUGUAUCCUCCGCCUCCGACGUGUUCCGGCCGAUCGAGCUGCAUUCCGAGGAGCGCCGUCGGAGAGUUCUCGAGGCCCAGGCCGCAGCCGUUUCCGGAGAUGCCACACCCAGCGCAUCGAAGCGGACUUCCGAUGACGACGAUGAGGGUGAUAGCGAUGGUGAGGUGGCCGGGGCGGCCGUCGAAAACGGCGAGGUGAAGAAGGUGAAGCAGAAGAAGCCGAAGAAGCCGAAGGUGACGGUGGCGGAGGCGGCGUCGAAGAUGGACGCCGGUGAUCUCGGCGCCUUUCUGGCUGAUAUAACUGCUUCGUAUAAUGAGACGCAGCAGGACAUACAGCUUAUGCGCUUGGCGGAUUAUUUCGGUCGAGCAUUUGCGGCGGUCAGUCCGGCUCAAUUUCCGUGGUUGAAGACGUUCAAGGAAUCCUCUGUGGCAAAGCUGGUUGAUAUCCCCCUUUCACAUGUAUCUGAUGAUGUUUACAAGAUAUCAGUUGAAUGGAUCGGCCAGCGCUCUACUGAAGCGCUUGGAUCGUUUGUGCUAUGGUCGUUGGACAGCAUUCUUGCUGACCUUGCAACUCAUCAAGGAGUAGCCAAGGGAUCCAAAAAAGCGGUUCAGCAAGCACCUUCAAAGUCUCAGGUUGCCAUAUUUGUGGUUUUAGCAAUGGUAUUGCGACGAAGACCUGAAGUACUGAUUAGUUUAGUUCCUGUGAUGAGGGGAAGUCCGAAAUAUGAAGGCCAAGAUAAGCUUCCAAUCACAGUUUGGUUGGUUGCACAGGCUUCUCAAGGAGAUCUGGUUGUUGGGUUGUACUCAUGGGUACAAUUUCUCUUGCCUAUAUUGAGUAGCAAGUCAAGUAGUAAUCCACUGUGUAGAGACUUAAUUUUGCAGUCUGUGGAAAGAAUUUUGUCUUCUCCGAAAGCCCGUCCUAUUCUAUUAAAUGGUGCUGUCAGAAAGGGGGAGCACAUAGUGCCACCAUCAGCCCUUGAUCUCUUGAUGAGAGUCUCUUUUCCGACACCUUCUGCCCGAGUUAAGGCAACUGAGAGGUUUGAAGCUGUUUAUCCAACUUUGAAGGAGAUCGCCCUUGCUGGUUCCCCCAGAAGCAAAACAAUGAAGCAAGUCACACAGCAGAUAUUAAAGAAUUCAGUUAAAGCUGUUAAUGAGGGCAUACCUGAUCUGUCUAAGGAAGCAAGCGGCUUAUUUAUUUGGUGUUUGACGCAAAACCCUGAAUGUUACAGGCAAUGGGACAUACUUUAUCUGGACAAUCUCGACGCAAGUGUUGUUCUCCUGAAAAAGCUAUCUGACGAGUGGAAGGAGCAAUCUGUUAAACAUGCUUCUCUUGACCCCUUGAGGGAAACUUUAAAGAGUUUCAGGGAGAAGAAUGAUAAAGCAUUGGCAGCGGGGGGAGCUGAUGCUGCCCGCCAUUCACUGUUGAAGGAUGCAGACAAAUACUGCAAACAGAUUUUGGGACGAUUGUCGCAAGGCCAUGUAUGCAUGAAGAGCAUGGUACUUGUUUCUGUUGCCCUCGCUGUGGGUGCUGCGGUCAUGUCCCAAAACAUACAACCUGGGGACCUUAAGAAAUUUGUAGCUAUGUUUAACUUACCCCCAACUCUCUGAAUGGAGGAACUCACCAUUACUUACAGCAUACAGGGUUUGAUUAAGUCUGGCCCAUAACAGUAUAGGCAGAGGAUGAGUUAAGUUGAGCGUUCGACCGACUUGUAGCAGGUUUCGGUGGAAUUAGAAGUACAAGCAGCAGCACAGCGUAGCCGAAAUCUGGGUUUUCCGUUUCACAAGGUGUUUGACGCAUCUGGUUUCCAGAGUCAUACUCUGUCAAGUGAGUCGUUUUUCCUUUCAAAUGGACUAAAACUAUAUGGUGGCGUGUGUUUUUCGGGUUUUCUUUAUUUAUUUUGUGUCAUAGAAUAAUAGCGUGUUAAAAUGUGCACAUGCAAAAUGGUCAUAAGAAGGUGGAAAUGAAUGGUGGAAUAAGUGCUUGAAUGAAAAGUGCAGUUCGUUUC